UAGCCAUCUGCUGCCAAUACUGUAGGUAAGACUGCGUACAUCUCUUUGAGUGUGCUUCAGUUACAAGAUGAACCUCAGUGGCUGUGGUGUAGCGCUUGCCUUACUUUUAGUGGGUGCUGUGCCAACAGUAUACUCUAUUCCGGCAGUUGGAACACCAACUCGCUUCGUCACCGACAAACUGCCAGAACAAAACAGCCCAUCAACUGUGCUAUCAAGCAGGAAUGGAAACUUCAUGGCUUCUGUUGCGAACGGCUAUGUAGGCACAGUGAUUUACAGCGAUACAGUGCAUGUAUCGGGUGUUUAUAAUGGCAAGGCUUACCAGAAGAAGUAUCCGAUCUACCCAAUAGACCUUUAUGAACAUCCUCAUAGAGCGCGCAUUCCUUCGACAGCUUCUCUUAAUUUUAAGAUCAGGAAGACCCCUGGGAAUACCUCAUAUGCGCUGGACGUGUACGAGGGAGUCUUUUACAAGUGGUUUGAGGCGGUUAAUUUGACUGUGGAGCAAAGGAUUUAUGCGCACAGAACCAGGAAGAAUCUCUUGAUUGUGGAACUAACGGCGAAGAACAACGCGGGAAGAGAAUUUUUGAUGGACCUUACUCCAAACAUGGGAUACAUCACACAGGAUAUUGAUUUUUACAUGAAAGAGUCAAACAGAGCUGAAGCUCUUGCUGGCGUAGGUUUGGUAAGACAGACUGAGGAAUAUGGAAGUGUUCGCCCGAACGUGGCAAUUGUGUGGAAGUACCUAGAUUCUAGCCAUCCAUUGACAAUCACGGCUAGCUCAGAUGAGCAAACCUGGUACUACAUCACCUCAAUAGCCACAAACCUGGACACCAAGUUCAACCCGCUCUCUGAAGCCCUCUUUCAGUGGGACGAAGCUAUGCUAGUGAAGGAAAAGCUUCUUGCAGAGCAUAAAGCUGCUUGGAAAGCAUUGUGGGAUACUGGCAGAAUUGAAAUCGAAGGGGACCUAGAAAUGGCCCAGGCUGUGUACGGCAGUAUGUAUUACAUUCUGAGUUCCACUCGACAUGACUGGCCGUACGGGUUGAGUCCCGGCGGACUUCCGGCUUCAGAGGAGUACAUGGGACACACAUUCUGGGAUCAAGACAUAUGGAUGUACCCCCCUCUAGUACUGCUGCACCCUGACUUGGCGAGGAGUUCUGUGAGAUAUCGAAAGGAACGGCUGCCCGCAGCCCGCAGAAUUGCUAAGGAAUACGGUUAUAAAGGCGCAAUGUUUCCAUGGGAGAGCUCCUUUACUGGCUUAGAGACCUCCCCAGGAGAAGUAUACGGCAAGAAUCAGAAUCACAUCACGGGAGACAUUGCCCUGGCCGCUAAGAUGUUAUGGCAUGCUACUAAGGAUCUUCACUGGUUGCGGGAGGUUGGAUUCCCCCUUACGUACCAGACUGCAGAGUACUGGGCCAGCCGGGUGGAAUACGAUCCUGAGAAAGACAGAUACAUCAUCAAUCACGUGAUGCCACCGGACGAGUAUCACUAUCCAGUUAACAAUUCCUUCUUCACCAAUGUGGUGGCUAAGAUAAAUUUGCUGUUUGCUAAAGAAGCCGCUGAAAUCCUGGGCAAGAAGGUGCCCGAGGUGUGGUCAACUAUUGCGGAAAAGAUUUACAUCCCCUUUAACAGCAAGUAUAACUAUCACCCUGAGUUUGAGGGAUAUGUUGCAAAUGUGAUAGUUAAACAGGCAGACGUUAUACUGGUGGGCUUUCCCUUGAUGUAUCAAAUGGAUAAACAAGUCCGAUAUAACGACUUGACUUUUUAUGAGAGGCUUACAGAUCCUGAAGGACCCGCCAUGACUCAUGCUAUGUUUGCUAUUGGCUGGCUGGAGGCUGGCGAGGAAAAGAAAGCUGAAACAGCCUUUUUCAAGAACUAUGCUAACAUCCAGGGUCCCUUUAAGGUGUGGUCAGAAAGGCGAAAUGGUAAGGGAGCAGUGAACUUCAUUACAGGAGCUGGAGGAUUUCUGCAGGCUGUUAUCUACGGGUAUGGCGGUUUCCGAAUCAGAAGUGAUGGCCUGUACUUCAAUUCUACCCUUCCUCCCGGGACGACUAAAUUAACCUUGAGUUUACACUAUCUGGGUUGCUCCCUGAAGUUUGAAUUGCAAGACACCAAUGUCACGUUCGCGUUAGUAUCCAAUGGUCCCAUAUCACCUGAUCUAGAAGUGUCGACAAAGCAAGGUGUAUUUGCCCUGAGACGAGAGAAACCUGUCACCCUGGAGACAAAGGAUGGAGUGGUGCGCAAGCGCGCCUGGCUGAACCGAGUUAAAUCGCAAAUCUUUGGCCGGAGGAUGGGCUCUGGAAAAUAGGGUGGAUUCCAGACCCCAAGAAGAAAAAUCAGUGUCUGAGUGCGUGUAACUUUGAGACUGCGCAGACGCAGAAUUGUGUAUUAAAAUACAUAGUUGAUA